AAAACUUUAUUCAAAAUUUACACAAAUUUGUCCCAAAAUUGCACCACCGCCUUCCUGCAUUCUCCGCCUCGGUGUUUGUCUGUUCUCUUCCUCUCUCACGCACCGCUGGUUGGUGGAAGGGGGCGGCGGUGGUCACACCCGGAAGGAAGAGGAAAGGGUUGGAGGAAAGACGCUGGAUAGAGACGGAGGAGCAGCGGGGACGUAUCCGGACGGCAGUGAGCGGCGCCGCCAGCACUCAAUUCAAAGAAUGUUGCCAUGUAGUUUCCAUCAAGGCGCUGUACCGCGGUGCUUUCUAAAGGAGCUUUUCUAAAACCAGCACUGGAUUUUUCACCUAGGUUUUAAAAAAAAAAGAAAAGUAAAAAAAUCUUACAACCGACCAUGAAGUCUGAAAUCUUUUGGAUUAUUAUUUUAAGCUGUGUUGUACAUCGCACUGCUCUGUCAAGCUGCUAGGAACAAUUAUUUUUUUUUUUUUUUUCAUUUUCAACAUCUCUAAAGUAUUGAUCUUUUUCUUUUUUGUAUUUUUGACUACAUACAGUCAUCAUUUUGAUUUUGUUAUUUGUAACUAUUAAUGGAACGCAGUCAUGUCCACCCAGGACGAAAGGCAGAUCAAUACUGAAUAUGCAGUCUCCUUACUGGAACAGCUGAAAUUGUUCUAUGAACAGCAGCUACUAACGGACAUAGUGUUAAUAGUGGAGGGCACUGAAUUUCCAUGUCACAAAAUGGUUCUUGCUACGUGCAGCUCUUAUUUCAGGGCAAUGUUUAUGAGUGGACUGAGUGAGAGUAAGCAAACACAUGUACAUUUGAGAAAUGUGGAUGCGGCUUCUUUGCAGAUUAUUAUAACAUAUGCAUACACGGGUAAUUUGGCAAUAAAUGAAAGCACUGUAGAGCAGCUAUAUGAGACUGCUUGCUUCUUACAGGUGGAUGAUGUGUUGCAACUCUGUAGAGAAUAUUUAAUUAAAAAAGUCAACGCCAAAAACUGUGUACGGCUGAUGAGUUUUGCUGACCUGUUUAGUUGUGAAGAGCUGAAGCAGAGCGCCAAAAGAAUGGUAGAACACAAGUUUACUAGUGUAUACCGUCAGGAGGCGUUUAUGCAGCUAUCAAGUGAACUUUUGAUCGAUGUUGUAAGCAGUGACAAUCUGAAUGUGGAAAAGGAAGAGACUGUUAGAGAGGCUGCAAUGUCGUGGCUAGAUUACAACACAGUGUCACGUUCACAAUACUUGUCCACCGUGCUUAGCCACCUACGUAUUGAUGCUCUGUCAGAAGUAAUUCAGCGGGAGUGGUUCCAAGGUUUACCACCAAAUGAUAAGUCUGUAGUUGUUCAAGGACUUUACAAAUCAAUGCCCAGAUUCUUUAAACCAAGGCUUGGCAUGACAAAAGAAGAGAUGAUCAUAAUAAUAGAAGCUGCUCUGGAAAACCCUGGUUCUUUCUCCACAAUCUGUUACAGUCCUCAAGCAGAGAAGGUUUACAAGCUUUGCAACCCACCCUCUGAGCUUCUUAAAGUAGGGACUGUCGUGUCUCCUGAUAAUGAUAUUUACAUUGCUGGAGGGCAAGUGCCCAUAAAGAAUGCCAAAAGCAAUCACAAUAAGCCAGGCAAAUUACAGGCUAUUUUCAGGACUGUGAAUAGUUUUUACUGGUUUGAUGCCCAGCAGAAUUCUUGGAUUCCAAAGACCCCCAUGUUAUGUGUUCGUGCAAAGCCUUCUUUGGUGUGGUGUGAUGGAUACAUCUAUGCAAUAGGAGGUGAUAGUGUUGGUGGAGAACUCAAUCGAAGGACCGUGGAAAGAUAUGACUGUGAGAAGGAUGAGUGGACAUUGGUGAGCCCUCUUCCAAGUGCAUUUCAAUGGAGUGUUGCUGUUGUCGUGCACGAUUGCAUUUAUGUCAUGGCGUAUAACUUGACCUAUUGCUUCAUUCCACGGUCUGGUAUUUGGGUAGAAAUGGCCAAGAGGCAAACUAGUAGAUGUUUUGCAUCUGCUGCUGCUUUUGACGGCAAAAUCUUCUACCUCGGGGGUCUACAAACAGACAACAACUCCGGUGUAAGGCUGCCAUCCAGUACUUUGGAUGGCUCUUCUGUUGCAGUUGAAAUGUUCGAUGUGCAUAAGAAUGAGUGGUACAUGGCAGCAAAUAUUCCUGCCAAGCGAUAUGCCGAUCCCUGUGUUCGAGCAGUGGUCAUCUCAAAUUCCUUGUGUGUUUUUAUCAGAGAGACACUCAUGAAUGAAAAAGCAAAAUAUGCCAUUUAUCAAUAUGACAUGGACCUUGACCAGUGGUUUCUGCGUCAGCAGAUAUCAGAGCGUGUGCUUUGGGAUUUGGGAAAAGAGUUUCGAUGCACUGUAGGAAAACUCUACCCGUCAUGUCUAGAAGUAUCACCAUGGAAACCUCUAACACAUGUUUUUUCACAAGAUGGUGCAGAUGACUUUGAACUUGAUGGAAACAUGGUUACAUUACCCCCAGUAUAGCUAUCUACAAGCAAGAGACUGCGCGUAUGCAUGGCUCUGUUUCCGCAAUGAGAAUUCCGUAGAACUACAUAAAGUGGGCUUGGAGAAAUAAGUUUGCAUUGCUUACUAUUCAAACCUUAUUUUUAUUCCCUACAUAAUGUUUGUAACCUUUUAAUGCAUUUAUAUAGGGAGAUAUGCUUCCAUUAUCAGAAAUAUUUGAUCAGCUAUUGGGAAAAGAAAACUUUAUAUAUUCCAGCCUUAGCAUUCAGUUUACGAAGAGCAUUUACCUUGUAUCCCUGUGAUGUUUUCCUUCCUCUUCCCCUUCCUUUAUUGCAUAAAGUUGCAAGUUAUUGAAUCCCCAAACUAUUAAUGGGAUUGUAAGUAGAAACGCUUUCUGAGAGAAAAAAAUCUUCCAUUAUCCAUAUUCCUUUUUAGUUAUCUAUCCAGUUUGUGUGCUGGACUAUACAUACUUCUGUGCAGUGAGACCUGAUCUACUUUAUAUCUAGCGCUCUCUCCAGGGAUGAAUGUGCUUACUUUCAAUAAGGCCUCCUAUGUUUUUGCAACCUCAAGAUUGCCUCCUCAGUACACUGACUACUGUAUAAAUAGCUUUUCCUUUCCAUAAUAUUUACUCCAAAAAGAGGCAUAACUAUUGGUGUGAUUUCAUCUCCAGAAAGAACAUAUCUCAAGCUUUGUUUUCUCUCAGUGCUAUGUAACAAACUUAAAAUGUGUGAUGUAAACUUAUGACCCAGAGCAAGCUUGACUUGGAAGUAGUCCAUGAAAUAUGCAGAUAACCUGCAAACUUUUUAUUUUUUACAAAGUGAUUUAUCACCAAAGUCCCACUUUAACACGUAACCUAUAUUAUAUAUAUAUAUAAAUAUAUUUUUUGCUAAAUUCAAACAUUCCUUCUGGGGAAAUGUAGUGUUUCACUUGGUAACACAGGUCAAUAAAAUGACUGCAGGCUCAGUCAGGCUGUGCAAGGAGCAUGUGUUUAUGUUGUCAAUAACCUGUACUUUUCUGUUGUAGAAUACAGGUCUUCCAAUAUGGCCUUGUAACGUUCUUUCUGGCGUAACCAGGCAUCCAAUCUAUUUGCCAGCCCCUCGUAGUACGGGUCCCUGUGGAACUUUUAACCCUUUUACGGCAACAAUGCUGUAAAGGGAUUAAACAAAUGGAGCGCUCACCCUCUGUAAUAGUGAUGGGAGCUCAUUCAUUCAGAAAACUGCUGCUGUCUUUCUUUCCCUUCCCAUAUUUGUACAUUUAGUGUUGAAUUACCAGGUCUUAUCAUUUUUAACUUAACAAGCAUUUACUGUAGUGUGAUUGUGUAUUGGUAUACCCUAGGUUUUUUUUCUGGGGAAGGGAAACAAACUGUUCAGGAAUAACUUACUUGGCAAGUGCACGAGAGAGCAGAAGCCCUUGUGCUGCUCUGGCAUUACUAUCAAUCCCAGGAACCACUAGCAGUAGAGGGGCACCGCCGCCAACUCAACAUGAGCAGAGGUGCUUCAUGACAAACCCUACUAGCAUGUUCAGCUGCAUCAUGUUCUGGCACUGUUUUUUGAAUGACCUUAAUUUAUUAAAAAAUAUUAAAAUUAAAGUUGUGUUGUGAUUGUUUGAGCAACAUUUUUUAUACAUUGUAACCUAUGUUUCAUUUUCAUAUACGACGGGUUUUCAUGACUGCAUCAGGAAACCAGUGAUUUACAAAUACGCUUUAAUAGUUAGGUUAUACUGUUUUAAACCUUUUUAUGUUCUUGACUAUACACUUGCUGAACAAGUGAGCCUUCUCAUGUAUUUAUUUACAUUAUCAUUGUCCAUCUAGAAAAGUAGUUUUAGAUAAGACUGCAUUUUUUUCUU